AUGGCUCUCCCAUGGCUAGUGCUACUCUUGGCAUUGCCCAUUUUUUUCCUGGGAGUCUUUGUCUGGGCUGUCUUUGAGCACUUCCUCACCACGGAUGUCCCUGCUACCUUGCAGCAUCCUGCCAAGUUGAGAUUCCUGCACUGCAUAUUCCUCUACCUGAUCACUUUGGGGAAUAUAUUUGAGAAGCUGGGAAUUUGCUCCAUGCCCAAAUUUAUCCGUUUUUUACAUGAUAGCGUGAGAAUUAAGAAGGACCCUGAACUUGUGGUGACCGACCUGCGUUUUGGGACGAUACCCGUGAGGCUGUUCCAGCCCAAGGCAGCAUCCUCCAGACCCCGGCGAGGCAUCAUCUUCUACCAUGGAGGGGGCACGGUAUUUGGGAGCCUGGAUUGUUACCAUGGCCUGUGCAAUUAUCUGGCCCGGGAGACUGACUCUGUACUUCUGAUGAUUGGGUACCGCAAGGUUCCUGACCACCAUUCCCCUGCCCUUUUCCAAGACUGCAUGAAUGCCUCCAUUCACUUCCUGAAGGCCCUGGAAACCUAUGGGGUGGACCCUUCCAGGGUUGUGGUCUGUGGAGACAGCGUCGGAGGUGCAGUGGUGGCUGCCAUCACCCAGGCUUUGGUGGGCAGAUCAGAUCUUCCCCAGAUUCGGGCUCAGGUUCUGAUUUACCCAUUUGUCCAGGCAUUCUGUCUGCAGUUGCCGUCCUAUCAGCAGAACCAGAACGUCCCAUUUCUUUCCCGGAAGUUCUUGGUGACUUCUGUGUGUAACUAUCUGGCCAUUGACCUCUCCUGGCGUGAUGCCAUCUUGAAUGGCACUUGUGUACCCCCAGAUGUCUGGAGGAAGUACGAGAAGUGGCUCAGCCCUGACAACAUCCCCAAGAAAUUUAAGAACAGAGGCUACCAACCCUGGUCUCCUGGCCCUUUUAAUGAAGCUGCCUAUUUAGAAGCCAAACAUAUGCUGGAUGUAGAAAAUUCACCCCUGAUAGCAGAUGAUGAGGUCAUUGCUCAACUGCCUGAGUCUUUCCUGGUGAGCUGUGAGAAUGACAUACUCCGUGAUGACAGCUUGCUCUAUAAGAAGCGCUUGGAGGACCAGGGAGUCCGCGUGACAUGGUACCACCUAGAGGAUGGUUUUCACGGAUCCGUUAUCUUUUUUGAUAAGAAGGCUCUCUUUUUCCCAUGCUCCCUGAAGAUUGUGAAUGCUGUAGUCAGUUAUGUAAAGGGCAUAUGAUGGUAACCCUGGGCCCCGAGGAGGCGGGGACAAGUAUGGACUCUACCAGAAACUGGGUGCUUUAGUGAGUUCUAUUUUAUUGACUAAAGAGGUGCUACAUCAAUGCUUGGGUCAGCUGGGAAGGGUGAGAAGUAAGCUAAGAGUCUUGCUUAGUAUUCAAGAACAUCCAAACUGUGUCUGUUUCCUUCCAGGACUAACAAUGUCCAGUGCUGGAUCUAGCAACAGUCUCUAACAUUCCCACUCAGGUGAAAUAAAUAUCAAAAGGAGAACAAAAUGCCUUUAAAAAUUUCUCAAAGCCCCAACAUAUAAGAUCUGUGCAGAAUAAAUGCCAACAACUGGUCAUACUAUCA